GCCCGAGAAUACAGUACUUUUACCGUGCUCAACUUACAAUACCCUAACCCGGCGUCAAGUGCAACCUGACUUGCAAGUUUGACAGGCCGAGGCGCCAGACAAGGCCUCCUCAAUUCCAUCAUCCCUAUCGAGAUUCUUACUCGCCGUUCUCGCCCUUCCACCAAACCAUGACGGCGGUCAUGUCGCCCGGCUCGUCUCCUGCGACUUCGCCGCCCGCCAUCUCGUCUCCGGCCUCAAACGCGGCGCAUCCCGCCCUUCCACCCCUGAUCACUAGCUCGCCGCCGACCCGCAGGAGCAACCUGCCGCGCCCGAUGUCGCAAGCCUCCAAGAACCGCCUGUCGCAGUACUCGACGGCAAGCUCCGUCCCGUCGAGGUCGCGGCCCCCUUCCAGCAUGUUCCCAAUCUACCCGUCGAGCCUACCCUACACGCUUGUGCGAGACUUUGCAUACCCGCCGUCACAUCCCAUGCACUAUGGCCCGCCGCCCGAACCCUCGCGGCCGCCGUCGGGCAUGUUCUCCCUGGGGAGCGAGCAGCACAGCCUCUCCGACUUGCCGGCGUGGGAUACGGGGAGGGCGAGCUGGGACGACCACUCGUGGGCGAGCGGCGGCUUUUCCAACCGGCCGGCCGACCUGCCCGCGAUCCAAUUCGGCGACGGCCCGCCAUGGAGCGAGGACGAGGAUCUCCAGAGUCCCAUCGUCAGUUCGAGACACAGGAAGCACAAGAGUUCGUCGGGCGGCUCGUACGGGAGAGGCCGGGGCGGUCGCGACAGCCGCGCCGGCCCAGAGAAUGGCGGCCGCGAGGGGGGUUCCUACGAAGGCGCCAACAACGGCGGCGGCGGGGGGUACCGAGGCGCCGAGGGCAACGGACCCGGAGGUGACUAUGUCACAUACCCUGCCGACCAGGCCGGCCACGGCGGCGGCGGCGCAUAUCAGCUGGCGGGCCAGCAGCCGCGCGAGUUUGGCGAGGCGGGCGACUUCGGCUCGGACGAUUCCAGCACUUGCUCGUCCCCGGGCUACCACACGAACGAGUCUCGCUACUCCCGCGACUACCAGUUUACCAUCACGUCACCGGACGAAGAGAUGCACGGCAAGGCCGUCGCGCUGUUCGACUUUGAACGGGAGAACGAGAGCGAGCUGCCGCUGGUGGAAGGCCAGAUCAUCUGGGUCUCGUACCGGUACGGCCAAGGCUGGCUGGUUGCUGAGGACCCCAAGACCCAAGAGAGCGGGCUUGUGCCCGAGGAAUACGUCCGCCUGCUGCGCGAUAUCGAGGGCGGCCUGACGAGUCUGACAGGCAACCUGAACAUAGGAGACGCGAGCCCGGCCAGCCCCGGCAACGACGCGAGCGCGGGCACGCCCACGCAGGCAGACCCCUCGGCCGCGCAGCUUCCCCAGUCGUCCGCGGCGACUACGGCGAGCGGGUCAUCGGCGGCGACAAGCAAUACGGGGUCGACCGCCACCAACACGACCACCAACGGCUAUCACCAGCCGAUCGUCUCCACAUUCUCGACGUCGAGCAAGGACCUCGACCCGUACCCGCAACACCUGCUGGGCACCCAGGCCGGCCAGCCCCCACCGCAGGUGGUUCACUAUCACGGCCAGCGCGGCGGCAGCCAGGCCAACACCCCGACGCUGACGGUCCAUCAAGGGUUCGGGUCCCGCCGGGCCAGUCAGGACACGGCAUCUACCUCGGCCGCAAGCGGGGCAAAGAAGGGCGAGGCAUCGGUUGGCGGCCUGGAGACGCUGCCGGAUGCGAAGUUGGAAACGUCAGAGUCCGGGGCGGGAUUGCCCAAGAAGAGGGAGUCAAGGUGACAAGAUAAACACUGCGGGAGGAGGGGAGGAGGCAAAUACGGGGUGGUCGCGAACAUUUGGUCAUUUUGUAGGAGCAAGGAUUAACACUCAAGAGGCAUGUUCAGCGAGGCAUACUUUUUUUUUAUUGUAGGUUACAUACCAAACGGGA